UGAAAACCCAACCACGUCUGACUGUUGUCAAAAAAAAAAAUACAAUUUAUUCAAAAACUGUGAUAAAAAGUAAUUAUUUUCCAGCGACCAAACCAGGGCCAGUACAAUUUAAUCCAAUUAUUGAAAAUGAUCAGCAACUACAUUACAGCACUCAGUUUAUUCCUUUUAUUUUGCUACAUCAAUGCACAAUCAGUGGUACAGAAUGUGAAACUCGACAAUAAAGAAGUUCGCUGUUUGGUAUGCGAAGUGACAAUCAAAGAAUUAACAGCCCUAGUUCUAAAAAGCGACAAAACCAAGACAGUCAAAGUCGGAGGACACCGGCUAGAUGCAAACGGCAACUACGAUGCCCCGAAAAGCGUCCCAUUGGAUAAAUCUGAGAUUUAUUUGUCCGAAUUAAUGGAGAAAGUAUGUAAUACAAUGGACGAUUACGUUAGGGGCUUGUUCAAGUCAAACAAGACCCUCACUUUGAUGAAAAUGAUCGAGGAUGGAAAAAUGAAUCCGCACAUGGAUUCAGUCGAGUUUGUGCAGGACGACGAUUUGAAUAAGAGCUUAAAAUAUUAUUGCGAGUCGAUUAUAGAAGUGCACGAGGAAGAUAUUAUUGAAUUUUAUCAAGGAGACAAGGAUCUUGAUAAGUUUUGUGUUGAGGAACGUGUUUGCCCGUUGAAACAGGAAAUGCCCCAAGAAGAAACUGAUAUUUUUGGUAAUGAAGAUGAACUUUCUGAAGCACUAGGAGAUAUUAAAAAAGAAGAAGAAAUUGCUGCUGAGGUUUUUGAAGAUUUUUCUGAAAUAUUAUCCGAGCUUCCUGAAAAAGAACUGUGAUUAUUCGUAUUACGAGUGUUGUUAUUACAUUAAUAAUGAAAUUGAAAUUUUUCGAUAGAUUUUUUUUAAAAUAAAUGUUAUUUAAUUGUUGGAUUUCAA